GUAUCAGUGCUUGGUGGACCGCCUUUGAAGAGCAUCAGCAAGAGCUUGGCCAUAUUGUGCAUCCACCUCGUCGUAAAUCGGCUGCGUCACACAUACACCAGCGUUGUAUUAAAACAAUAAAAUACGACAACCAAAUCGACGCAGACUACAAGGAAAACGUUAACAGGUUACUAACACCGUAUUUUCUGUGAAAAUGGUAAAAUUGGGGAAUCACUUCAGUGACAAAGAAAACGCCAAAGACGUAUGUGAAGAUGGAUUCGACACCAUUCCCCUCAUAACACCUCUUGAUGCCAGUCAACUGCAGUUCCCUGCACUAGACAAGGUGGUAGUAAAGACCAAGACAGACUACGAUGGAGAGCAUAAGAAGAACAAGCUGCGCUCCCCAAAGAUAGCAGAAUUCUCAAUAAGCAUAAUUGAAGGUGUAUCUGAAAGACUCAAAGUCACUCUGCUUGUGAUUUGUGCUUUAGCGUUUCUGGUUUGUGUGGUGUUUCUGGUGGUCUAUAAAGUCUACCAGUAUGAGCAGCCCUGUCCAGAAGGAUUCAUGUACACGCAAGGUCGGUGCAUGCCCAUGGGCGUGUAUGGCUACUACCCCCCUGGAGGGCGUGGCCGUCUCUUCACCAUCAUCAACCACUACAACAUGGCGAAGCAGACCAUCACCCGGUCAGUGUCCCCGUGGAUGACUGUCAUGUCUGAGGAAAAGGUCACCCAGCAGGAGACGGAGACCCACCAGAAAUUGGCCUAACAAACUGGGCCGUAUUUGAAGAGGUGAAACGUUAAGAAUGUUACGGAUAAAAAUGUAAUGAAUUGAGCUGUUCUGGUGCAGACAAAAAUUCAACAAAGAAAAUCUUUCUAUCUGAGCGUUUGGUUAAUGUCGAACCCUUUCUUUGAUCACCACCUAGCCAUGUUGGAACCCAAAAUCUGGAAAAGCAUUCUUGAGCUAAAAUGGUUGUUCCUGCGCUAUGCCAAUUGUAAUUGAUAUUAUACAACUGCGGUGCAUCAGGUAUAAUGUUGUUUUAACCAGUUAAAGCUGCGCCUCUCGGGAUUUGUCCUAUGUAUGGAAAAGAGGGGAAUUACUCAAAUCUAGUAUGUAGCACCUAUAUUUUACAAAUGCAUUUGUCUAAGCAAAGACAGGAACAGAAAUUUGAUAGAUAUCUGGUUUGUUUGAAUAGUGUCCCCUUAUUACUUUAAAAUUUCAAGUGGGGAUAUACACAAACGAGUUUGUACUCUGACCGCGGAAUCAAAUAUAACAUAUAUAAAUUGGCGGUGAACAAUCUAGUUGACAGAAUUGGUUUAAACACACAACCAAACUCUUAAUCACAAAAACAAAAAUAUGAAGCACUGUUAGCGCAUGUACAAUUUAGUCCUUGAUAUCAAUCUAAUGUGACUUAUCCAAAAUAACGUUGAUCUUUCUUGACUGUUUUGAUGAAUGUAUGUCUUGAAGAUGCAUUUUAAUUAUUUUAAAUCUUCGCGAAUACAAUGUCCAGGUCAUUCGCAAUUCACUUUAACUGACUCAUGUAGAGGACUUUUAAUUCUGGGUCUUGUUCAGUAGUUGCGAAAGAGGAAUAUAUUUUGAAAUGGGGAGGUCCUACUAAACCUUGGCCAAUAAUACAUUUUCGUUUUCUGUUUAAAAACACUGCUAUGCUGUGCCCUACUGAACACAACCCUAGUAUAACGCUCACUGUAUUUGUUCUAUGUAAUUAAACCAGCUGUAGUUUAUCUAGCAUAGCCAGCGCAAAAUAAUUGCCUAAGGGGGUUCACAGGAACCUGGAGAUCACAUUUUUUUAAGGCUCCGCCUAUGCUUCCUCUAUUUUCUGAAACUUAUGGAGGCUUAUGGUUACUGUAAACCUAGCAGAUGCUAUAGUUCAUCCAUACCUACAUGCAGAGCUUAGGGGCUGACAUUGUAAACUACACUAUCUUUGAUAAGGCACUGUGUCAAGGCCUUAAAGCAUGUGAAUGCUUAUAGUCACAAUAUAGACGGGUUGGCUGACCUGAUGUGUGAAAUGAUGUGUGCGCAUUGAUGGGGCACAAGGCCAUGUGGCAUUACGAUUCUGACGGGUCAUGUUGGGGAUUGUAGCUUGCUCCUGUCAGCUUGUUUUAUCUUAUUGUUUUCAUCUCUUGUUUUGAGGUGUUUUGAAUCAUGUUCAAUAACCAGCCAACCAAUUGUAACAAGUGCUCACUGUUUAACAACAACACUUUUGCAAAACAAUUUAAUUCGGAGGGCAUUUUACUUGCAGCGUUCUACAAAUUCACAUUUUGCAGUGUGUCUACAGUGUAACUGCAUGCAAAAUGCCACCGUUGACUGUAGUACCAUACUUCUGUUUGAGUAGCUUACAGGUUUUCAACAAUCAAACCUGCCCCAUAGUUGCGCACGCGUCAUUGUUGCAUGUGUCAGGUUUGUUGCUUAAAAAAAAAACCAAACCCGUCCAUAUCCCAUGUUGUCUUGUUGUUACUGAAUGUUUUUUCAUAGCUAAAAGUAAUGCAUAAUGCUGUAUGAAUGGGGUUCUGGUGUUCUCAGUCACCAAGGAGACAGUCUCUUCGAAGUGAGUGAAGCGGGUAGUGGAACUCAAUAACUCCAAAACAUCUCUGGCAGAAAAGCUUACUCUUUUGCUUCUUAAAUUUGUAAUUUAAGAGUAAUGCCUUCUGCUGUCACUGAUUGUGUAAUUUAAUGUUUUUCAGUCAUACAAUGAUGUUGGAAAUGUCUGUUAUGACGUUGAAGACCAAUGGAAAUCAAUGGAAUUGGGAAUAAAUGUCAACUAUUCAAUGUAUAUCUAUUAAAAUGAACACAUUUCUCAUCUAAA